AUGAAGAUGUUAAUGAUGAAUCUCCUCGAAUCAUUGCUGGAACUAAACGAAUCCUUCUCCCUAUCGCUUGUUGCCAUUUUCCUCAUUCUCUUAUACAGAUCAUGGUCUUUCACUACUCCUUCAUCAAAGAACUCACCACCUUCUCCACCAAAGCUCCCAAUCAUCGGUAACUUUCACCAACUAGGGUUACAACCUCAUCGCUCACUUGAAUCCCUCUCUCAACGCCAUGGCCCUCUCAUGCUCCUCCGUUUCGGAAGCGUCCCCGUCCUCGUCGUCUCCUCCUCCGACGCCGCCCGCGAGAUCAUGAAAACCCACGACCUAACUUUCUCCAACAGACCCAAGUCUGUCAUCUUCGAGAAGCUUCUUUACAACUACAAAGACGUGGCGUCGGCGCCUUACGGCGAGUAUUGGAGGCAAGUGAAGAGUAUAUGUGUUCUCAAUCUUCUGAGCAACAAGAGGAUUCGGUCUUUUCGCUAUGUCAGAGAAGAGGAGACAACAUCCAUGAUCAACGAGAUAGCAUCAUCAUCUUCAAGAGCGGUGAAUUUAAGCGCAAUGUUUGCGAGGCUUGCUAAUGAUGUUGUAUGCAGGGUGGCUCUGGGGAGGAAGUACAGUAGUACGGAUUUCAUUGAAGGUGGUCGGACUUUUAAGGAGGUUCUGUUGGAGUUUGGAGAGUUACUGGGAACGUUUAGUAUUGGGGACUUCAUUCCAUGGCUUGCUUGGUUGAAUCGUGUCAAUGGUUUGAAUGGUAAGUUGGAUAAAGUGGCUAAAGAGUUGGAUGAGUUUUUGGAUAGAGUGAUUCAAGAACAUGAAGAUGACGAUCGGCCAAGGAGUAGUGGGACUGAUUUUGUGGACGUUUUGCUUGAGAUUCAAAAGAGGAACUUGCUUGGUUUUCCUCUUGCCAUAGUUAGUAUUAAGGCUCUCAUCUUGGUGUACCUCGUGGAUGCUGUGAACCUAGCACUGAAGAAGGGAUAUGUCAAGUAA